AUGUCACUUCAAAAGACAGGGUCACGCUUCAAACAAAUGGUCUUUCAUCGUGAGAGCAACAGCGCUGAUGGGUUCUUCGAAUACGAUCGUAACACAAACAAUAGGCAACCAGAAAGCUUUUUCUGGAUAUCAGAAAAUCCCAAAUCCGAUAAACGUGCGGUUAGAAGGAAUACUGCUAUCAUGGUACGAGAACAACCUCAGAUACGGAAUGAUUUCGACCAAACAACAACAACACAUUUAACACAUUUACCAUUGAGUCCUUUACAUUUCGAUUGGGGAUUUAACGAGAACUCGGCGAGCGGAAGUGUGGAUGGAAGUGUAGGUAAUCAUGGGAGUGUGAGUACACCGAACCUAACAAAGGUAGAAACAACCCCGAUUGGAGAUGAUAUUGGUUCUUUGUCCAUGUCCAUGUCUAAAUCCAAGUCCGAGUCUAUUGUAUUAGCAGAUGCUCGUACCUCAGCAGUACCGGUAUUACCAACUCAGAUAAAUGAUAAUAAUCAGCAUCAUAAUCGUCAGCCCCGUUAUCAUUAUUUCCCCCAAACCCUGACGCCCCCAAAGGUCAACUCAGGUGAUGCACAAGUAGCAACACAAACGCAGACUUGCAGCAGCAGCAUAGUAUUUUCAGAUUUAGAAAAUCUGCAGCAGGCCUCUUCGAAUUUGAGGUUACAUUCUUCUACAAGAGGGGCGCAAGCUACUUUGUCAGAUAAUAAGCUUAUGAAAGGAAAAGGGAAAGGAUCAAAUAUUAAUCUCUUCCUUGAUCCAAAUAAUCCAUCAUUGUUUAAUCAUCUCAUUCCAAGUCCAAGUAAUGACAAAGGAAAUCCAACAACUCCUAAUUCUUCUUCUGCCUCUGCCUCUGCAUUUACCUCUACCUCUACCACUACCGCCGCCAACACCACCACCAAAAAACUUAUACGAUCAACAAAAUCAUACGAUCGAUUCAAUAUCAAAUCAAAGGAUAAAUCAUUUCUACCAUUUCAAUACCACCAUAAGAAAUCCAUAUCGACAUCUGCUUCAUGUUCGGAUUUACAAAAUAUGGUCGAAUUUACGGAUAAUGUUGAACAAUUAAUUCGAGAAACGGAUGAAGCAUUUCAAGCAGUUGGAUUCGCUUUAGGUGAUGCAAAAGCUGCGACUCGAGGAUAUACGAAUAGCAAUACAGAUACCAACACAACGAAUACCAGUAGCAAUACGAAUACCCAUACGAAUAACAAUACCCAUACCAAUACCCAUAUCAACACCACCUAUAUCAACACCCAUAUCAACACCAAUACUCGACAAAAUCGCCGAUCUGGAUCAACGGGAAAUAAAUCUAUCGCACGGACCAAUUCAAUCUCGAAGCGCAAUCAAAUGCAGAAUCCGAAUUUCAACAGUUUGAAAGAACUUCCAUCAUUAAAUGGACUUUCUGGAAAAUCCCCAGUUCCAAGAUCUAUCAUCGCUUCAAAAGCAAAGAAAUCAAAUUCUCCCAAACCAAAAAAGAUUACUGCGACGGAUAAGGCUUCGAGAAAGAGUUUACCACAUCCACAUUCAAGUGCAAGAUGGAAUUUAGGAGAUGUGACGGCCAGUAUGGCUGAUGUCUUUAAAGGGAAAUUCACCAGAUUAGAAGCCGAUGAAAUGUUGACUCCGGAUAGAUUACAACAACUCGAAGAAAAGGCGGAAAAGGCAAGGUUGGACAAUGAACGAAAAGCCUCAUUGGAAACUGCUCAGAAUGAAGCCAGUCGUAGUGCCGAGGAUGUGAAUGGGAUUGGUUUAAUGGAAAAAUCACAUAGAAUAGAUGGGGAUAAAAAGUUUGAGACAAAUGUCAUCAUAUCGCCGGAAAGCUCAGAUGGAAUGUCUCCAACCGAACCUUUUCAUUUGGAAGAUUUAUUACCUCGCAUCAACAAUGAUAAAGUCUCCAAUUCAUCACACAUUCAUGGCUCGGCGGCUUCGUCAUUGCCAUAUACACCCGUGGAUACAGCCGAAUCGUCGGAAAAAGACCAACGAAUGACCAAAAAGCCAUUACACGAGAUACCAAAUCCAGACUAUGCUGAAAUCGAUGCGAUCGAACAAGCAUUUGAAGAUUUAAACUUCCCCUCUCCACCCAACGAUUCACCACCCAGACACCCACGAAGUCGUUCCAACACAGGCCUCACCAAUUUCUUACCCACCAUCCCCGAAAUCUCUCCCCUCCACGUCUCAUCCCGACAAACCCCCAAACGAUCUUUCUCCCAGGACUCUGAAUAUUCGCAAGAUUCCAGCACCUCUUCCGUCGACUACAUAGAAUUACCAUGCACACCUUACACCCUCACCUCCCCGCUAUUCCGCCACGGCCCCAUCCGUCUCGAACACGUCUACCACAACCACCAUCGCGAUUCCGAGCCCGCCCCCGAUCUCGAAGAAGCCCUCGACUGGACCGCAUUCCAAAUGGCCAUCUCGGGCACCAUGGACGACGGCACCCUAGGCGCCAGCGAAGAAAGCAUCUGGGAAGCCGACGAAGCCGAAGUCGAUAGCAUCCUCGACUGGUGGACCGGCUUCGGAUACCCGGGUAUCGGCCGUCUCGUCACCGAAGCCCCCGCCUCGCGUCGCAAACGUGGGAAAUCGCUCGCGGCUUCCGAGGCGGAUAAAUGUUCGAGGAAAUAUAAAGAGGGGAGAGAUCAUCGCGCGACAACUAUUGGACUAGGUCUGGGAUUUCCUGGACGUGGGAGUGCGGGUGCGGGUACGGGUUCGAGUGGAAGACCCAAAACUCCGGAAUAUAAAGGAGGGUUGUGGGUAGAAACCAUUCGUGAUAGUGCGCCACAAGUAGUGGAUCAAGAGAUGAUCCGAGCCCAGACGCAAACGCUCAUGCGAGGCGCAAGGAGAGAUGUGGUGUUGAAAGUGAAUGUUGCGGAGCCGAAAAUCGAUGAUUAUGAUGAUGAUGAUGAUAAUGAUAGUUUACCGCCUUCGCCGAUUAAUCUAGUGAAGAUCAAGGAUGAAUAUAUUCCGAUGGGUUAUAAUCUAGGACAUGAUUUGGGGGACUUUUUGAAUUGGGAAACUUAUCAUCAUGUGCAGAGUCUUUUUGGAGAGGAUGAGGGGAGGAAUUGUAUGUGA